UUCGGCAGCCGCCCCGGUCCCCGCCCCAUCGGGCCAGCCCGGCCUCAUGGCUCAGAUGGCGUCCACAGCAGCAGGGGUCGCCGUGGGCUCAGCUGUGGGACACGUCAUGGGCAGCGCCCUGACUGGAGCCUUCAGCGGCGGCAGCUCAGAGCCCGCCCAUCCUGCUGCCCAGGAGGCUCCUGUCCGUGCUGCCCCCCAGUCCCUGCAGAUGGGGCCCUGCGCCUAUGAAAUCAAGCAGUUCCUGGACUGCUCUACCACUCAGAGUGACCUGUCCCUGUGUGAAGGCUUCAGUGAGGCCCUGAAGCAGUGCAAGUACAACCAUGGUCUGAGCUCCCUGCCCUGAAGAGGCCAAUGCAGACUCAGGGGCCAGCCCUGCAUCCCAGCCCCUCACUGACAGCCGGAUCAUGAUGCCAGAUUGUACCCUUGUAACUGUAAUUGGGAGCAAGGACGAGGUUUCUCACCCCACAGAUAACCUGAGACGCAAAUGUGCAAUUUAAAAAGUUUAUUUUAGACCACA